ACGAUGGACGGCUCGGAGGAGCGCAGCCUCCCGGAGCCCGGCAGCCCGGGCUCGGCGGCGGCGGCGGCGGCGGGCGACGACAUGGAGAUCGUGGUGAACGUGGGGGGCGUGCGGCAGGUGCUGUACGGAGACCUGCUGAGCCGGUACCCGGAGACCCGGCUGGCCGAGCUCAUGACCUGCCUGGCGGGGGGCUACGACACCAUCUUCUCCCUGUGCGACGACUACGACCCCGGCCGGCGCGAGUUCUACUUCGACCGGGACCCGGACGCGUUCAAGUGCGUCAUCGAGGUGUACUACUUCGGAGAGGUGCACAUGAAGAAGGGCAUCUGCCCCAUCUGCUUCAAGAGCGAGAUGGACUUCUGGAAGGUGGACCUCAAGUUCCUGGACGACUGCUGCAAGAGCCACCUGAGCGAGAAGCGCGAGGAGCUGGAGGAGAUCGCGCGGCGCGUGCGCCUCAUCCUGGACGACCUGGGCGGGGACGCGGCGCCGGGCCGCUGGCGCCGAGGCCAGAAGAGCGUCUGGAAGUUCCUGGAGAAGCCCGAGUCGUCGCGCCCGGCCCGCGUGGUGGCCGUGCUGUCCUUCCUGCUGAUCCUGGUGUCCUCCGUGGUCAUGUGCGUGGGCACCAUCCCGGAGCUGCAGGUGCUGGACGCCGACGGCAACCGCGUGGAGCACCCCACGCUGGAGAACGUGGAGACGGCGUGCAUCGGCUGGUUCACGCUCGAGUACCUGCUGCGCCUCUUCUCCUCGCCCAACAAGCUGCACUUCGUCCUGUCCUUCAUGAACAUCGUGGACGUGCUGGCCAUCCUGCCCUUCUACGUGAGCCUCACGCUCACGCACCUGGGCGCGCGCAUGAUGGAGCUCACCAACGUGCAGCAGGCCGUGCAGGCGCUGCGCAUCAUGCGCGUGGCGCGCAUCUUCAAGCUGGCCCGCCACUCCUCAGGCCUGCAGACCCUCACCUACGCCCUCAAGCGCAGCUUCAAGGAGCUCGGCCUGCUGCUCAUGUACCUGGCCGUGGGCAUCUUCGUCUUCUCGGCGCUGGGCUACACCAUGGAGCAGAGCCAUCCCGAGACCCUGUUUAAGAGCAUCCCGCAGUCCUUCUGGUGGGCCAUCAUCACCAUGACCACCGUGGGCUACGGGGACAUCUACCCCAAGACCACCCUGGGCAAGCUCAACGCCGCCAUCAGCUUCCUGUGCGGGGUCAUUGCCAUCGCGCUGCCCAUCCACCCCAUCAUCAACAACUUUGUCAGGUACUACAACAAGCAGCGCGUCCUGGAGACGGCCGCCAAGCACGAGCUGGAGCUGAUGGAGCUCAACUCCAGCAGCGGGGGCGAGGGCAAGGCCGGGGGCUCGCGCAGCGACCUGGACGCCCUCCCGCCGCCACCAGAGCCUGCCGCCAAGGAGCCGCCCAGCUGGGGCGGCAGCCGGCUGAAGCUGUCCCACAGCGACACCUUCAUCCCCCUGCUGACAGAGGAGAAGUACCAUAGGACCCGGCUGCAGAGCUGCAAGUGA